AUGAGCAGCAUUGGAACAGGUUACGAUCUCUCCGUCACCACAUUUUCUCCCGAUGGCCGCGUCUUCCAGAUCGAGUACGCCGCCAAAGCCGUUGACAACUCCGGGACUGUUAUUGGGAUCAAAUGUAAGGACGGCGUUGUUAUGGGUGUUGAAAAGCUUAUAGCGUCGAAGAUGAUGUUGCCAGGUUCCAAUAGAAGGAUUCAUUCUGUUCAUCGCCACUCCGGCAUGGCAGUUGCUGGAUUAGCAGCAGAUGGAAGGCAAAUUGUUGCCAGGACCAAGUCUGAAGCUAACAACUAUGAAAGUGUGUAUGGUGAACAGAUUCCUGUUAAGGAACUUGCCGAACGUGUUGCUAGUUAUGUGCAUUUGUGUACACUAUAUUGGUGGCUCAGACCUUUUGGAUGUGGGAUAAUCCUUGGAGGUUAUGACAGAGAUGGGCCACAACUGUACAUGGUUGAACCUUCCGGCAUUUCUUAUUUAGUUGUAUUUGGUGAGGUGUGUGCAAUUGGAAAGGGCAGGCAGGCUGCUAAGACUGAGAUUGAAAAGUUGAAGCUUUCGGAAUUGACUUGUCGGCAAGGUGUUAUUGAAGUAGCCAAGAUCAUUUAUGGAAUACAUGAUGAGGCAAAGGACAAGGACUUUGAAUUAGAAAUGAGCUGGGUCUGUGAUGAAUCAAACCGUCAGCAUCAGAAGGUUCCAGAUGAGCUUCUAGAGGAAGCAAAGGCAGCAGCUAGAGCAGCAUUGGAAGAAAUGGAUGCAGAUUAG